GAAUUUCAGUUUUGUUAUUUAUUGUAAUUUUAUAUCAAAAAAUUUAUACAUUAGUUGAGGGUAUUUGAAAUAUUAAUUCUUCAGAAACUUAUGCUCAUUUUCUUGUUUAUUCCUUGGUUAUAACAAUUAAUUAUAAUAACAUGAGUAAAGUUGUGAUACCACCAAUUGCUCGCAUUCCUAAAAAGACACAUAUUACAGAUGAUUAUGAAAUUACUAAGAGUGUCUUAGGUCUUGGAAUUAAUGGAAAAGUUGUUGAAUGUUUUUCUAGAACAACUAGAGAAAAAUAUGCUCUAAAGAUUUUAAACGACAAUGUGAAAGCUCGAAGAGAAGUCGAAUUACACUGGAAAGCAAGUGGUUGUAAGCAUAUUGUAAAUGUUAUUGAUGUGUAUGAAAAUAAACAUAAGAAUACUACCUGCCUUUUGAUGGUUAUGGAAUGCAUGGAAGGAGGGGAGUUAUUCCAAAGAAUUCAGGAUAAAACUGAUGGUGCCUUUACAGAAAGAGAGGCUGCUCAGAUUAUGCAUGAAAUAUGUAUUGCUGUGAAGUAUCUCCAUGAUAAUAAUAUUGCACACAGAGACUUGAAACCUGAAAACCUCUUAUAUUCAAAAAAAGGUACUUACGGUAUACUUAAGCUGACAGAUUUCGGAUUUGCUAAAGAAACUCUUAGUCAAGACACUCUUCAAACUCCAUGCUAUACCCCUUAUUAUGUUGCUCCUGAAGUGUUAGGCUCUGAUAAAUAUGACAAAAGCUGUGAUAUCUGGUCUCUUGGUGUCAUAAUGUAUAUAUUGUUGUGUGGUUUUCCACCUUUUUACAGCAACCAUGGAAUGGCAAUAUCGCCUGGAAUGAAAAAGAGAAUAAGAAUGGGACAAUUCACUUUUCCAGAUCCUGAAUGGCAAAAUGUGAGCCAAGAUGCUAAAGACCUUAUAAAAGGCAUGCUGAACAUUGAACCAACUAAUCGAUUGACAAUAUCACAAGUGAUGAGUAAUUGGUGGAUAGCACAAUAUACAACUGUGCCUCAAACGCCUCUCCACACUAACAAAAUGCUUAAAGAAGGAGAAGAGAUGUGGCCUGAAGUACAAGAAGAAAUGACUCGAUCUUUGGCAACGAUGAGAGUUGACUAUGACCAGGUCCAUAUUAAAUCUAUAGAAGAUUCAAGCAACCCUCUUUUGAAUAAACGUCGUAAAAGGUCAACAGUUAACAAUCCCUCUGAUCAAUAGUUAUUGUUUGAAUAUUACUAGAUUUGAAACAUAAACCAAUACAAAUUUUAACACAACUCCUUGAAAAUGUUCUGUUGAGAAAUAUAUUUUGAAUGUGCAAUGUUAUAUUGUUGUACAGUCAAAAGUUUUAUAUAUUAUAUACAUUUUUUGCCUUUGGGGAAUUGUAUUUCAGAAAGUUUAAUUUGCAACAGUAAGACUUCUAUCAUGACUGUCUGAUUUUAUUCACAUUAAUAUUCACGAUUAAGUACUGAAAAAACAACUAAUUUAAGGACUUUUUCUGAUAAACAUUUUCUUAUGCAGUUUUUAUUAUUUACUUAAUCAGCUUAUUCUGAGUAGUUCUCUGUCAAAAUUACACUGUUAGCAAGAAACACCAAGUGAAAUUUUCCAUGAUUUCACAUUAGAAUUGAAAUAAUGUUCUGUAAAAGGACAAGGUAGUAUCAGAAUGAUAGUAGAUAUAUAAAUUAUUUUAGUUAUUAUAAUAAUUUAGAAAAUAAAAAUGGGCUUGUUCAAUCAAAUGUUCAAAUUCUUCUUACGAUAAUUAUCAGACAGACAAUUGUUAACUGAAUUCCUAGUUUUUGUGGUGAGGUAGGUGUUGGCCUUCUGACUAAAUGAAUAAACAUUAAAUUAAAGUAAU